CAUUAGGAUAUAAUAUUAAAAUAAUAAAUAGAUAGACAAGAGAGAUGAAUCUUGUAUCAAUCCAGCAGCAUCACAGUCUGACUGAAGCACAGAAGAAUAAACCUGACAUGGCUCUGACACCUACAGCCACAGGCUUUGCUAACCUCACCGCCCCAAACCCCUUCCUCCAUCGUACCACCGCCUCCUCACCACACACAAACCUUCUCAAACUCCUCCACCUCACCAGAAAGCCCAACCCCACCAUCGCCACUCAUUCAUCACUCUCUCCUUCUUCCUCUUCCACGCUUUCAUCCACCAAUCUUGGGCCUUCAGCAUGGGCCUUGGACUCGUGGAAAUCCAAGCAGGCCCAUCAGCUGCCGGUUUACCCGGACCCAGACGAGCUCCGGGAUGUUCUGACGACUCUGGAGACGUUCCCGCCAAUCGUGUUCGCCGGAGAGGCGAGGCGGCUGGAGACGUGGCUGGGAAAGGCCGCAGUGGGAGAGGCGUUUCUGCUGCAAGGCGGAGACUGCGCCGAGAGCUUCAAGGAGUUCAAUGCCAAUAACAUCAGAGACACCUUCAGGGUCUUCUUGCAGAUGGCCAUUACUCUCAUUUACGGCGCCCAAAUGCCCGUCAUCAAGGUUGGAAGAAUGGCGGGCCAGUUUGCAAAGCCUCGCUCUGAACCAUUUGAGGUUAGAGAUGGCGUGAAACUCCCAAGUUAUCGGGGAGACAAUAUCAACGGUGAUGCCUUCGAUGAAAAAUCCAGAAUACCAGACCCACAAAGGUUACUCAGAGCAUACCUUCAAUCUGUUGGCACACUGAAUCUCCUUAGAGCAUUUGCCACUGGUGGAUACGCUGCCAUGCAAAGAGUCUCAGAUUGGAAUCUGGACUUCGUAGAACAUAGUGAGCAAGGAAACAGGUACAUGGAACUUGCACAGAGAGUAGAUGAAGCUAUUGGUUUCCUUGAUGCUGCUGGGGCUACUAGUGACAAUCCAAUAAUGAACACGGUGGAGUUUUGGGUAUCUCAUGAAUGCCUUCAUUUACUGUACGAGCAAGCCUUGACUCGAGAGGAUUCGACAACAGGACACUACUAUGACUGUUCCGCACACAUGCUGUGGGUAGGCGAGAGGACUCGACAAUUGGAUGGAGCACAUGUUGAAUUCCUUCGGGGUGUAUCCAAUCCUCUUGGCAUUAAGGUGAGUGAAAAAAUGGACCCAACAGAGCUUGUCAAAUUGUGUGAAGUUCUUAACCCUCAUAACAAACCUGGUAGACUGACAAUAAUUACCCGGAUGGGGGCGGAAAAUAUGAGGAAAAAGCUCCCCCAUUUGAUCAGAGCUGUGCGCCAGGCAGGGCUUAUCGUCACGUGGGUCAGUGAUCCCAUGCACGGGAACACCAUAAAGGCUCCAUGUGGGCUGAAGACACGGCCAUUUGAUGCAAUCAGGGCUGAAUUGAGAGCUUUCUUUGACGUCCAUGAACAAGAAGGGAGCUAUCCUGGAGGAGUGCAUCUGGAGAUGACUGGGCAGAAUGUGACAGAGUGCAUCGGAGGGUCAAAGGCUGUGACCGACAGUGACUUGACCUCUCGUUACCACACACAUUGUGACCCCAGGCUGAAUGCAUCCCAGUCUCUUGAACUGGCCUUUUUGAUAGCAGAUCGAUUGAGGAAAGACAGAUUAAAAUCUAACAAAGAUUUUCCGGUCAAUGGCAGUUCUAAAGUAUGAGAAAUAUUUUUCUCACUUCUUGGAGAUAGCUUUGUGUCACUUUUAAAGUCUGACAAAUAUUUUUUGGAAUUUUUUGCACUUUUUAUCAUGAGGGGGAUUUUUCUUCUUUUCCUCAUGUGUUGUGUUAUUACGUAAAUUGUUACGUCAAGCUUGACAAAUAAAUCACUAGUUGCAGUUACCACAACUAUUCUUGGUGUGGUUUAUAACAAGAAGAACACAAUUUGAAA